CCCGCCCACGCUAACCGCGACGCAGCCACGAGCCUCGCGGGCAUCGUCUGUAGCCCACCGCUCCUGCGCGCCGUACCACCAGGCCCGGCAUGCCAUCCACCUCCACCGACUCCCAGCACGGCGCGUCUCCCGCACAGAACGGUGCCAUCGCCGUCCACCAGCCCGAUGCCCCUGCCGCCGUCGACGGCCCCGAGCCCGCGUCCGGCGAGAACCAUCUGAUCCGCGAGGGGAAGCUCAAGGCGAAAGCUGUCCUCGCCGCCUCAGGGGUAAAUGUCGACACGGCCGCUGCGGAGACCUCCAAGUCGCGGACAGACAUGGGCUCGCCGGCGCUAGAAGAGGCCGUCAAUGGCGCGUCGCCGAGUCGCAAACGCUCGCGCUCGGGGUCGCGCAAACCCUCCCGGACGCCCGCACACGACAACGCCGAAGGAGAGCAGCAAUCCUCCAAAGACCCGCUACUUGAUGUAAUUAGAGAGCGCGAUCUGCAAGCUUGCGCGACCAUCCUUGACAAGAACAAGCGCCACGCCGAGCUGAUCAACUCUUUGAAGGACGAGGUCAGGGACCUUAGGAAGCUCCGACAGCGACAUCCUGCCGAAGUCUUUGGCUACGGUUACGGAGGCUACGGCAAUGGGGUGACCGACCACCCCCGGGGGGGUUUCGCGCUGCAGUAUCCUACCCAAGCCAAGCGCCCGGGGAAUCGCAGAGCAAGACGGUUGCACCUCAAGAGAGAUCAGAUCGCAGCACAGGCAGAGCAGCUCGAAGAGCUGGUUCCGGUACGGUUAGACAUUGAGUUAGAGAAGAUCAAGCUCCGAGAUACCUUUACCUGGAACCUGCACGACAGGUGGACUACCACGGAACUGUUCGCUGAAAACUUGGUUGAAGACUUCCAGCUUCCGCCCGAAAUACGCGACUAUGUCAAGCAGCACGUCAACCGGGAACUCCAGGAGCAGCUUCAAGACUUUUAUCCCCAAGCUUUUUUCGACGACGAGCCCCUUGACCCGCACCUACCCUACUCAGCUUAUAAGAAUGACGAGAUGCGGAUACUCAUCAAGCUGAAUAUCACCAUUGGCCAGCAUACUCUUGUGGACCAAUUCGAAUGGGAGAUAAACAACCCGCUGAACUCUCCAGAAGAAUUCGCGAGGCAAAUGGCGGCCGACCUGUCAUUAUCCGGGGAAUUUACUACCGCAAUAGCCCACUCGAUACGGGAGCAAUGCCAGAUGUUCACCAAAAGCCUGUAUAUCACAGGUCAUCCCUUCGACGGACGGCCCGUAGAAGACGCUGAUAUCCGCGACAACUUCCUACCCUCCCCGCUUCCUUCCGUAUUCCGACCUAUGCAAUCAGCCAAAGACUUCACGCCGUACCUGUACGAGUUGAGCGAGGCUGAGCUGGAGCGGACCGAGCUGUCGAUUAUGCGCGAGCAGCGGCGGCAGAAGCGGUCCGUCAAUCGGCGAGGGGGUCCUGCGUUGCCAGAUCUGAAAGACCGGCAGCGGACAGUUCGCACGCUGCUUGUCUCAUCUGUUCUCCCUGGGGCAGCCGAGACCGUUGAGGAAAGUCAUCUUUACAAGACCUCACGGAAGCCUAGAGAGGGUCGCCGCCGUGGUGUUGACGACGAUUCGGACGAAUCUGACAGCGAUGAAUCUGGCCCUGAUUCUCCUGCCCCAUCCCAGAUUACCGGCGGCACAGCUCGAACGAGGGGAAUGCGCGGAGCAGCAACCGCAGCUCAGGCAGCAAUGCGAUCCGCCAUAGGCCGGUCAGCGACGCCGGAAGUGUCUGCUCUACAAAGCCACCACGAACCCCGGACUGCAAGGCAAUUGAGAUAUGAAUCCCGGGAAGAAAGUGUGCCAGAACCGACAACCCUCAUCGUCAAACUCCCCAUUUCGCCCGCGAAAUUCAAGGAGUAUCUGAAGAACCCGAAGGCCUUCGUGAAGCCUGCUUCAACACCAAGGAUGACCCCCGCCCCGCCUCCAGCCCGGAGCACGCCUAGCGCGAACUCUAUGCCUCCUCCACCCUCCCCAGCAGUACCACCCCGAUCGACUCCUGCACCUGCAGCAGCGUCAGUGGCGCCUUCGCCGCAACCACCCUCUACCCCCACGCCGGCUUCUCAAACUCCGCAGCAGUGGAAUUAUUACUCCGAUGGCCGGGUGGACGCACCAUGGCCAAUGCCGUCUGGCACGCAACCUGCACCUCCUCCACAGUGGCUCCAAGAUGCUCUUCAGCAAUUGCGCGAGAGGAAUCCGGGUGAACUUUUUGAGGCCACUAUGCGCUAUAGCGUCGUCGACCAAAACACACUGACGAGCAUCAAGCUGGACACGUUGUCAGCAUCCGCUACCCUCCCUCCGGGAUACAAGGCACAGUGGCUUCCAAGAAUCCGUUGCGUUGACUGCCCCGGCAAGCUCUACAACGCUGGCCCCGACCACACAGCGGAUAACUUCCAGACUCAUCUCAACAACCGACAGCACAAGGGGAAUGUUGAGAGACGCACCGGAAGGACGGCUUCGUGAUGUACGCAUCUCUGCGAACAAUUUACCUUUUUAAGCACUAUACCUCCGGCGUUGCAGAGUGCAGGGCGGGCAAACAACAAGCCAUAAAUAGGUCCCGCCCAUGGGCAUUGAAUUUUCUGUUCCCGGACUCUUGUACAAACUAUUUAUCUUUUAGGAAGCUCGUUAUUACUCUGGUUGAGCGGGAGCAAGGAAUCGUAAACGUGGGCGUGGACCGGCGUUCUCAUUUGCCGGCACUUGGAAAGGAGAUGGCCUGGCAUUUUUGGAUCAUUGAUUUUCGAUCCUGGUGCCCGGUGUU